AUGUUUAUUGCAUUUGGAUUUUGUGGGAGCGCUGACCGUAAAAAAGUUUGCGUUGCCAAAGCUGCACCAACUUCUGAGGCGGCGAUGAAUUUGAUGUAUCGAGCGGUGACGAGAAAAGGUUUGCAAGCUUCAUCACAGAAUCAGGUGACUAUCAAGAUGCGCAGAGGCAUGGAGGUGGUAGAUACUAUAAUGGGGCUGUUGAGCGACAUCAGGUUAAAGCUAGACAGUACCGAUUCGAUCUACACAAUGAAAAAAGGCGUUCCGCAAGGAUUUGAACUGUCGUGCCGUCUAGCUCACAUCUACUUGCUGUAUUUUGAGCAUAUGGUAUGGAACAGGAUGUCUUGCAACACUUGUCUGCUUCGCUACGUUGAUGACUACCUGGUUUGCUCAUAUUCGAAAAGAGGAGUGUUGGAAGUAAACAGUAUCCAGAAAAAUUUGCGUUCAGCUCCAUUGCUUUAG